AUGGCUCGUCAUUGGUAUCACGAUUCAGACAACUCGGACAAGGACAGAAGCUCUACGGAAUCAGAUUCCUCCGAUACUGAUCUGACUGAACCAGAAGAUGAAAUUACUUCAGAUAUGGAUCUGACAGAAUCUGAGGUUAAUACAUCUAAUGCUGAUUUGUCUGAAACCGAAGACGAGAUCGCUUCAGAUACCGCUCUAAUAAAACUCAAGGAUGAAACAUUUUCCAAUGCUGAAGGGUCUGUGACUCCCUCUCACCGAAUCAGCCUUGAGAAGGUCGCUAUUUAUAAGAGUCGGCGCUAUGAAGACCCAAGCGAUAAUCCUACCCAAAACCUCUCCGAUAUUGAUCCAGAUUUCAUCAAGUCUGACAACACAAAGAAAUUACAAUUACGAAUAGUAGAUCGUUGGCAUCGAUUCUGCAAAGUAAAAGUCAAAGAAAAGUGUCGUCGCUUGAACUGGAGCAAACCAGAGGCUGCUCUCCGCAGGGCAUCUGCGGAUUGGCUAUAUCGGUUCUUACACUGGUGCUGCAGACUGCAGUAUGGAAAAGAUAACCGAGUUUGUAAAGGCUAUGGCAGUGCCGACUCUUUGAAGACAGACUGGAAGUACUUGCGAGGGUACUAUCAACGGGUGAAAAAGCGGCGGAUGAAGAAGAGCAUGGCAACGCGCCUACGCACGGGCAUAGCGCAAUUGAUCGUUGAGUUCAACUUAAGGACACAGCCUCGUAAGAAUGAUCCGGUCUAUAUUGAGGACAUGAUUCCUUUCAAUGAAACAAUUCUCCGGACACGGGAGAAACGGUUCUAUCUAGGCAUCCAGCGGAUCAUGUUAUGCUUAGCCUUGAUGCUUGGGCUUUUCACUGCCAGUCGCAAAACUGCUAUUCUUAAACUGCAGUACAAGCAUCUUCGUCUCAGCCUACAGCGCAACCCUCAUGGAGGCCCACCUGUACUAUCAAUCGACAUCGAGCCAGAGUAUAUUAAGCAGCUUCUUGGCACAAAAGCACUAAAUACCUUCUCCUUCCCGGAAAUCAUCUAUGGUGUUUCGCUCGUCUUCAGUCCCCAUGUCUUUAUCAUGGGACUGCUAUUCCAUGCCAACGCUUUCCAAACUAAUAUCAAAUCGAUGGAUGAUUUGCGUCGUCUCUUUGUUAUGCGCGGCUGCCAGCAACUGGAGUUACCUCUGAAGAAAGAAAUGGAUGACUACUACUUAUUUUGCAAAGUAGAAGAAAUUGAAGGAGAGCCACGUAUCAUUCGCGAGGAACCCAUGAGUGAUGGUGCUUUUUAUGCGGCCAUCAAAUCUAUCUCAUUCAUCAUGGGUCUUUUAAAUGUCUUCUUCUUCCAUCAAUUCCGAUAUGGUACCGGAAAACUGCUGGACAAAACUGGAUGGGUCAGCGACUCCGAACGUAACCUGAUCAUGAACCACGCGGACACUUCCACCUUUCUCAAGCAUUAUCGCCCACGAAAUCAUACUCAAAUGCAACAAGUGGUCUUUGGUCUAGACGCGGAUCAGCCUUGGGAUCGGGCUUUGAACAGCAUGAACCGAAACAAAGAUAAGCGCCGCCCACGCUUUCUUGACGACACAGAAAAAGCUUUGGUGGAAAGUGAUCCAGAGCUGCAAGCGGCCAUUCGUGAGUUAGAUUCCUUGCAGGAUGACUAUGAGCGGAAUCCGAUCCCUGAGCUUGCCUCAGAGCUCGCUCAGGCCCAAGGCCGGGUUCUAAAUACUCGGCAGAGGCUCCGAUACAAGCGUUUAGCUCAGGUACGGCGCGACUUUGGGCCGAAACAAGCCGUCAUCGACGCUAAUGGGCAGCUUGAUGGUACAAUCUUACCGGACGACGGUGCAGUUGAAGUCCUGCCGGAAGAUGACAUGCCUCUUCAGCAGGUCAGACUCGUAGAGGGCCUAACCACUGUGCCGACUGUAUGGACUUUGGAAGGAGAAUGGCAGCGGCGCAAUGUGGGUGUAGAAGUCGUUACAAUGUACUGUGAUUUCCAGGAAGGCGGGCCCCUUCGAGGUCGACCGAAGCGAAAGCAGAAUGUCAGUGAUGACGACACGUCCAAAAAAGCAGCAAAAAGGUCCAAUAAUGUGGAGAAUGACAAGUUGGCUAUUGCGAAGAAAAAGCACGAGCAGGAUCAGAAGCAUGUCAAGACCGCUAGGAAACCCUUGAUUUGCUUUCAAUGUGGCAAGAAAUUCUCUCAGCAUCAGAGUCUUCUCAGACAUUUUCGACCCAAGCAUCUGAACGAUCAAAUGUGUAACUUCUGCGCUGAUGGGAAGGAAUACUUAGAACAGAUGCAUUGGCAGAAUCAUGCUGCUGCAGUUCAUCGUUUAAACACCUGA